AACAAUGAUUUAUAAAUAAAUUAUUUUCAUUUUAUUUGGUGAUAACCUUACCACAACAGUGAUAUAUAACUGAUUUUUUUACUGUAAAUGUACCACAAAUAACGUAGAAAUUAUACAUUCGAAAUAUUUUUUUAUUUUUAUAGAGGGUGUACUUCUUAAUUUUUCCCACUUUCAUGUAAAUAUUAAAUAAUAUAAUGGUACUAGUUUUAAAUGGAGUUUUACAAACCAAGUGUCCUCAGGAUUCACAAACUCUAUUUAACUCCCAUCCAGUGUAUACAGAAACUGCAGGACAGUUAAUGGCCAUACAGAACAAAGUGAUAGGUCCAGUAGGAUUGCUUUAUGUUUUACAAAGAGAAUAUGCAGGGACCGUUCCCAGUGAUAAGAAUGUUGACAUUAUAGGAUCUGGUGAUGCUACCACAUGCAUAAUUGUGGUAGUGCGACAUUCUGGAUCUGGAGCUGUGGCUUUGGGCCAUUUUGAUGGUUGCAGUACAGAAGAAGCAGUUUAUGCAAUGAUCCAGAAAGUGCAAGAACUUGCCGUUGGGUAUCCUGAUGGUAGAUUAGAAUUGCAACUUGCUGGGGGUUAUGUUGAUCCACAAAGUUACUCGGAAAAGCUCUUUUACAGCAUUAUGAGUGCAUUUCAUAAACAACCUGUUGAAAUUGAUUUGACCCUAGCAUUUGUUGGUCAAUUAAAUACCACUAUUCGGAAUGGGAUUCCUAGUCCUAUAUUUUAUGGGAUUGGAGUGAAUGUCAAAACUGGUGAGAUAUUCCCGGCCACGUUUCCAGAAAAGGGCCCCGAAGAGUACCUCCGCACUACGAGACAGCUUUCUAGUUCAGGUAACCAAGAAAUCCUGGACGUGUACGAUUACAAUUUGGGGCUGUUGAAAAUUGGUCCGUUCAACUAUAAACCGUUAAGAGGCGCGGAUCUGUGGUUGGAGCAAAACGACGAAUUCAUUUUACAUCACCUAUCGACAUCGCCCGAAGUGGAACCGCCGCAUUUCGUGGAACAAAUAAGGGGGACGUUGAAAUACAUGAAGGAGAACCCGUUUCCGGCUGUGACGGUUUUUAGGGACAAUAGACCGCAUUAUUUUAGACGCGAUGAGCAGUCCGGUUUGUGGAUGCCCGUCUAUUAGAGAUGUCUCGAUUUUUUGUUUUUCAGGAAAUGCUGUCGGUUAAUUUUGAUCCAGUAGGUUUGUUCUGGUUGUUGAGGCUAAGACUUCGUAGAGUACGUCCCAACUUAACUAACUUAAAUAUUAUCAAAAAUUGACUUUAUGAUUACAAAUUUUCCACAAUGUUUAGAAAAAUGUAAAAAAAUCAAAUUACUUUGAGUCGAGAACAUAGACAUCAUAUUAUCUAUGAUAGACUCGCUCUUCACACUGUAUAACCAAUACACCUUCUGUCCGCAUGAUAUACCAGACGGGGAAAGGGGUUUCGUACAUAACCGUAGUGUUUCGGGAGGGUUUCGUAGGGCUUCUAAAUCAAAGAUAAAUUUAAAGAAACACAUUUCAAUAUAUUCGAAAAAUCGUUCUGUAUAUUUUCUUAUAGAUUAAAAUAGCAGCUCUAAGUGGAAAAACAAUUUUAUUAGUAUUUGAAAUAACGACGAAAAACUGCUAAACUAAUCCAUUCAUUCAAAAUUAGCCCCUGUUUAUUUCAAUCAUUCAGAUUGUGUUUAUAUUACGCAGACAGAGCUGUCGCAUCGGCUGCCACAUUAGAAAUAACGAUACAGCUGCUAAUUUAAGUGAAUAUAGUUUGUGCAAGUUUGUUUAUCUGAGGAGCGAGCAUUUGUUUUAAGAAUAAUUAGGCAUUCCAACGACCUGUCAAACAAUAGGUGCCAGUGGGAAAUUCUUGUAUAUUUAAGGGGGUAGCGACAUAGUCUUGCAACUUGGACGCUAUUUUUAGUCGAAGUAGUACUCGCCAAGCCUGCCAAUUUAUGAAGAAAUGUAUAGGUGGGUUUUUUAAAUAUUAUUUUUAUUGUGUUUGACAUAAAAUAUUUAAAUGUAAUCCAUUAUUCAUGAUUUUACGUAAAGUAGAUAGAAUACACCAUAUGUCGCCACCCUUAGAUAUACCAAACCUGCCCACUGGUAAUUCAUUUGUUUGGAAUGCCUAAUUCAUUACUUACGUUUACAUUGCUGUCACACUUCAAAAUUAUUUUGCAAACUUUUCUGGAAAUCAUCUUCAACUCUGAUAGUUGCAAUUAGAAAAAUACAUUAAACUGUUAAUAACUGGCAUUAAGAAUGCAAACACUUCCUUAAUUUAAUUUUGAAAGACCUUUGUGCGUUUUAGAGCCUUAUGUUAAGUCAAUACCGAAUUAUAACCAUAGAUUACUAAUGUGAAUAGAUGAGAAACUCAAUGGUAAAAUUCUGAGUCGAUGUGCUGCCAUCUAUCAAAUUGGAGUGGUACUAAAAUUCAAUAUGGCCGUGGCGAGCGGGCUUUUUGAAAUUUAACUUUGUAGUAGCGCAAAAAUGUAAUGAAGAAAAUCAAAUAAAGCAA